GCGGGGCAACGCGACAGGAUUUCGUCGUGGUUGACAGUGCUCGAGAGGCGAAAAGCGGGGACGUUGCAAGCGAAGACGAAAAAGUCGACCCCCGGUGAAAAAGUCCAGCGCUGCCCGCCUGUCACCUUUUUCAUUGUCAUUUGUACUGAACGGUGUAGGGGCGAAAUCCUGCACGUGGAUCUGUCUCUUUGGUUCGCCCGGUAGACUACCACAAUCAAGAUGGUGAAGAAGGGAGAAGAGAAUCCCAUGCGGAAGAUCCGCAUUGAAAAGCUGACCCUCAACAUCUGUGUCGGAGAAUCCGGCGACAGACUGACUCGCGCUGCGCGUGUGUUGGAACAGUUGACAGGACAGCGACCUCAGUUCUCCAAGGCCCGCUUUACCAUCCGUUCUUUCGGUAUCCGCCGUAAUGAAAAGAUUGCGUGCUAUGUCACCGUCCGUGGCAAGAAGGCCGAAGAUAUCCUGGAGAAGGGUCUUAAGGUCAAGGAGUACGAGUUGAAGAAGAAGAACUUCUCGGACUCCGGCAACUUCGGGUUCGGUAUUCAGGAGCACAUCGAUUUGGGAAUCAAAUACGACCCCUCCACCGGUAUCUACGGUAUGGAUUUCUACGUGCAGCUGACGCGCCCGGGCAACAGAGUUGCUCACCGCAAGAGAGCGCGCGGCAGAGUGGGCCACUCCCACCGAGUCACAAAAGAAGACAGCAUCAAAUGGUUCCAGCAGACUUACGAUGGCAUUGUCCUUAACCACUAAUCCUUCUAUGUCAGGGAAGCAUGUUAGGGGCUUGAAACCUGCAAGCUGUUGGUGGGCGCGGUGCUUGUAAUCUUGCUUGCUGAAGCCAACUGAUGGAGGAAUAAUCCAUUUGUAGUCUUCAUUCUUUUCCCUUUGUCCGUCUACGACGGGCUUCUGUUGCUGCUGUUUCAAUCUGGCAGUUGUGCUGUGUUCCCCGAGGCUUUGAUGACUGACUGACUCCGUCAGGGCCCGCGUAAGUACAACGCGUCAGCCGAUUGGCACACACAUGACUGCAGGGACAACGAAGGAACUUGCCUGUUUGAACGGGAAGCGCCGCUGGUGCGUGCACGACAGUCGAUGUGCGCUCGCUAAGGCGUUGUUGCACACCUCUCCCCACUGGCACGUGCACGUAUCAGGGAAAGGGGGGAGAUCUCAAAUAGGAGACAGUCCGUCUUCUCGUCGGAUGCUGUAGCACUAUACAUGCCAAGUUUCAUUCACCUAGCCAGCAGAGUCCUCGUUUGUUGACCAGAAACCCGAAUUUGUACCGAAUAGGCAAAACGAGUUGCGAAAAAUUGAUACGAGGUGUACGAAAUAGGUUUGCGUACUACCACACUCACGAAAGACGUUCACAGGACUGAUGUUCCAGGGGUCCUAGUUGUGUCCGGC